AUGAGCAGAUUCCGCGGGGCCGUCCCAGUCCUUCUGGCCACGGCCAUUGGUAUUGGUAAUGGGUUAUAUAUAUUUGGUCCAGCUUUCAAGGAACAGCGACAGGAGAAAGAGGAGCAGGCAAGGAAAGCGGUAGAAGUCGCAAGGCUAUCUCAGGAUGGUAACCACAAGACCCCAGAAGAUUUACGGGAUGCGGAAGCAGCAGCGAGUCGAACAAUUGCAACGGAGUCUGCUCUGAAGCCUGUGGAGAAGGCGAGCUCUUGGUGGCCAAACAUGAGCCUUUGGACGAAGGAAGUGAACAAGCCGACCCCGAACGAUUCUGCGAAGACGGGCCAGGAGACACCAAAGGACAAGCCUUGA